AACAAGCUAAAGUUACGAAUAUGGCUGACUAGCAAUGUUAGAUCGAGCGAGAAAAUGUCAGGAGAGAGAAGACCACUAAUCCCCACAUCAUGCGAAGAAGGUGGCGAGAACAUAAUUAAGAAGAAGGAGAAAUCCCAGAUCCAAGUAGAAAUCGUCAGCGAAGAAGAAAUGGCUAUCCUUGAAGCUGCUCUCGCUUUCGCUACUCGCUCCUCCUCUUCUACAUCUCCUGUUCUUUUCCGGCAAAAUGAUAAGAUCAUUCGAUCAAUUUCUACCCUAUCCAAGCGGAGAUUGUCAUCGGAAGCUUCUCCAGUUCGUGACAUUGAGGAUGCGACUGCUGGUCAUGUGAUUGGGAGCCCGCAGAAGACGAAUAGAUCAAUCGAGCCGCUUUUGCAUCGGUUUAGGAGGAAGAGAGGGUUAUCUGUUACUGAUUUUACCAAGACGGAAUGGUGCGAAAAACAAAUGGAAUUCUCUCUACACCUUGGCAAGCCAGAAAUGAAUAAAGCUAUGAAGGCUGGUAUUGCUCGUCAUGCUGUUCUUGAGGAAGAGGUCCUGAAACGAGUAGAUGUUCAUGUAAAAACAACUGAAGAUAAAUGGGCUUUGAAGUUUUUUAAUUUUAUAGUGGGGGCAAACCAAUUACUUUUGGACGGAAUGACUCGUGAACUUCCCAUAAUAGGUCUCAUGGAAGAAGACGUAUGGGUGGUGGGAGUCAUUGAUGAAAUCCGACUAUCUACGACUGAAGGUGAAAAGUACCCAAUGUUAGUUGAUACAAAAACCCGGGUUCAAGCAACAUUACCUGCUUUCCCUCAGCAGAGAAAUGGAAGACUACAGUUAAUGUGCUACAAGUUAUUGUGGGAUAACUUAGCUACUAAAGACUUUCCCUGGAAGAAAUUUUUCGAUUUCUAUGCUUUAGAUUCCACCAGCCUUUUAUCCGAAGAUAUCAGAAAGAACACUACUAUGUCUGGAUUUCCGGCAGAGACUCUUGACGAUUUAACAAGGUAUUUCCAGAAUACUUGUUGCACACUUCUUCCAGCCAGUGAUCAGCUAUUACUGAGAUAUGAACUGCAAGAAGACAACUCGCUGCUUUUUGAAGAUACAUUUGGUUAUGAUUCAGAUUGGUUAAAGAGCCAAAUUAAGAAAUGUUUGGAGUUCUGGAAGGGAGAAAGAGAAGCCAACUACGUACCCAAAGAGGAGCGAUGGAAGUGCAGAUAUUGUCAAUAUGCUUCUGUAUGUUCGGUGAAUUCUGUUGACUCCACUCAAAAAUAGAACUAUUUAUUGAGUUUUUUUUAAAUAAUCUAUGGAUUAUUUUAAAAAAAAUUGAUUGAUUGUGAUUUUGAGAAACUGAAGUU